CUGCCGGCCGGGUCGUGUUUCGCCCAGCGAGAUGUUCGCGAGAUCCACCGGCUGCCGCUCGGAAGGCACAAGCUCAUUGUGAUGGAUCCGCCCUGGCAAAACAAGAGCGUCUCCCGUGCGAAGCGCUACGACAUGUUCGACCACACGGAGCUGCUCAAGAUUGAUAUCCCUCGCCUUGCAGAUCCGGGCGAGUGCAUUCUAGCGGUGUGGGUCACGAACCGGCCGCGCUACAUGGCAUAUCUUCGUGAGCAAGCGCUGCCUGCGUGGGGCUUCACGUAUCAUGGGAGCUGGUACUGGCUGAAGCUGAGCAAGAGUGGCGAACUCGUCACUCCGUUGGACUCAAGCCAUCGCCUUCCUGUCGAGACGUUGGUCGUUGCCUAUCGCGCAAAAGACCCAGAGCACGAGCGGCGACUUCAUCAACGACUAGGUGAACAGACACGAAUCGUACUCGGUAUCCCGCUCCGUCACUCGUGGAAACCUCCGCCGGAGUGCUUCUUCAAAGAGGAUAUCAUCCCGACUUCCGCCAUGAAAGCAGAGCUAUUCGCACGAGAGCUGCGGCCGCAUUGGACAAGUAUCGGGAACGAG